AUGGCUGACGAGCACGAUGUUACCUUCGAGUCCGCCGACGCCGGCGCGUCGACCACCUACCCCAUGCAGUGCUCUGCUCUGCGCAAGAACGGUCACGUUGUGAUCAAGGGCCGCCCCUGCAAGAUCGUUGACAUGUCCACCUCCAAGACUGGCAAGCACGGUCACGCCAAGGUCCACAUCGUCGCCAUCGAUAUCUUCACUGGCAAGAAGCUUGAGGAUCUGUCUCCCUCCACCCACAACAUGGACGUCCCCAACGUCGGCCGCAAGGAGUACCAGCUGCUCGACAUCACCGACGACAACUUCCUCUCCCUGAUGAAGGAUGACGGUGACACCAAGGACGACGUCAAGGUCCCCGAUGGUGACGUCGGUGCUCGCAUCGUCAAGAUGUUCCGUGACGAGGAGAAGGACGUCAACGUCAUCAUCCAGACCGCCAUGGGUGAGGAGGUCGCCAUUGAGGCCAAGGAGGCCCCCAAAUAA